CAAAAUAGAAGCGUCGUCUGCUCCGCCACCAUACAAUGGACUCUCGAGCUAUGUACAGUUAGUCCACGAAGAACGUUCGUCGCGAUUGGAUGCGAGUGUUUUCUGUGUUGUGGGUGUUGGUGCUCAUCGGUGAUAGUUGAAAGUGAAGAGGGUAUCCUCGAGGUUCGGAAGGCGAUACUGAUGCAUCCUUUUCUCAUCUUGAGCGAGUAUAAUUCAUUGUUCGUUUAGCAUAUUUGUGCAUUAUUGGAUGCUGCGUUUAUCUCGCGUGUUGUGCAAAUGAGGUUUAUGUGAGGGAGAAGUGAUACAUUACGCUUUUAUGUGUGCUCUCACAGGUGCAUUUCUACAAGGGAAGAUCAUAAGUUAAAUCGCCGCAAAAACAAUUUGUGAGAAUUGUUUUUGUUUUUCGAGUUUGGAUCUGUUUCAUCUCCUAGACAGAAUAAUAUUGAAAAAAAGAAAAGGAUAUUCAUCCAGUGCUGUUUGGAUUAUAUUCUUCUGUGGCCACGGAACCGCCAACCGCGUCUCGUGUAUGGAUUCACGUUCUUACUGAGUCAGACGUGUUUUGGACUACUCAUCAAAAGGACAUCAUUCCCGCCAACUAAAACGCCGCCGCCGCCAAAAUGCCAUCGCUCGGUGUGGCUUGCGUCAGAUAUCUGAUGUUUUUCUUCAAUUUCCUGUUUGCGAUCACUGCACUGGUCGUCAUAGUGACCGGUGUCGUCAUCCAGUCGUCGUAUCAUCAUUAUUCAAAUUUCCUCGGUGAAAGCUUUUGGACCGCCCCGAUAGUGCUCAUCGUGAUUGGAUCAAUCAUAUUUGUAGUCGCCUGCUUCGGAUGCUGCGGUGCCGCGUUGGAGAGUCCUUGUAUGAUUAUUACGUUCUCAAUAUUCCUCUGUUUGGUCUUCUUUGCGGAAAUCGGAAUCGGCGUUGCCGGGUACUACAAGCACGAGGAGCUCAGUGGAAUCCUCGAGAAGGGCUUCAACGAGACCAUGGAUAACUUCUCGAACAGCAUUCCAGCGCAGGAAGCCUGGAAUCUGGUCCAAUCGGAGAUGACCUGCUGCGGCGUUAACGGUCCGGAGGAUUGGGAGCCGAUUUUCAAGAACGAUACCGUACCGAGAUCCUGUUGCCAUGAACUACCCGAUGGGGUCACCAAAUGCACCCGCAAGUACGCGGACCAGGAAGGGUGCUUCCCGAAACUAUCGUCUUAUCUUGGCUCCAAAUCGCUCAUCCUGGCCGGCAUUGGAAUCGGAUUGGCCAUUGUACAGCUCGUUGCCGUUCUUUUGGCCUGUUGCUUGUACGGAUCCUUCCGACGACAGUACGAAACCGUCUAAAUCAAACAAUGAUUUAGGAGGUGGGAUGAAAAUGGCAUUACAUAAUCAAAAUCGCUUCGGAUACAUAAGAGCAGGACCACAAAAACAAAAUCAAUUUCAACAUCGACUAACCACCAUACGAAAAGCCUCCGUCUGAUAAUAUAAAACAUUUCACAUUGGCGCCCAAAUUAACUAGGGGAAGCAGAUCAUCAAAUCGUCUUUAUCGGAUUGUGUCGGAGAAAGCUGUGGCCGCCGGUUCAAAAUUCCAAGUAAACCACCCCAAAUCCCACCGCCCUAAGAGAGAAGAACAUUCCAUCUUGUGUUUUUGUUUGUCAAAAUGUUAGAUGUAAGCCGAAUGAUAUGCCCUCUGGGCAUACAAUGCCCGGAGGAGGCUAUCAGAGACCAAAAGAUCAUUUAAUUUGUUUCACCAUAUUGUGAAAUAAUGUUAUGAGAGGACAGAACAGAACGUGAGCACCUUUGUCAGCAUAGUUGUGCAAAUCAAACACAAACACUCACACACACACAAUAAUAUUUGUAGUUUGUAGGUAAAAUAUGCGAAAUCAAAAAGAAAACUUGUCAAAACCCUGUUACGUAAAAAUGAAAGAAAAACUAAUUUUGGAAACAAAAUGAAUAUAAGAAAAAUGUCGUGUAUAAACAUGAACAAGCGUAUUUCGUUUUGGAAAGCAUAAAGGUAGAGAGCAUUAGAUUUUACGAAUCGCUCAAUUUGCUCAAUAUAGACAGGCUUUUUAGAUUUGUGGCAUCAUGUUAUCUCACCCCCUUAGGUUGAUGUUUUGGAGAGUAUGUAACGAAUGAAUCUCACCCCCGCAAUGUCACCGUGUGCUUUCAUUUUGGUAAAAUGCCUCAUUUCCGCGGUGAUGUUCUCGUAUAUAGUAACGAACUGAUACCAUCAUCAUAUUUGUAGAGUUAGUUCUGAGCUCUUAUUAUAAAAUUCAAAAAACAAAUGAAGUUCAACGAACGGCAAAGAACAAUAAUAUUCGAAAAAGUGAGAACAAAAAUAAACUGACUUACACUACAAUUUCAAUUUCUCAUUCAGCCCUCAAGCGCAAAAAAAAGUCUAUCGAAUCGUUGUCGUUUAAAGUGAUAAUACGAAAUCAUCAAUGUAAUCCCAACUAGCUUAGGAAGCCAAAUCACUCUCUCCACUGAAUCGUUGUGAACAAACUUUGACGAAACGCACUAGCGGAAGCACCAGAACGAGUGAAAAAAAAAAAUCAACAGUUGUGUCAAAUAUUAAGGAACCACCUCACAGUACUAAAAAAAACAAACCGCAGCAAAAUAAGAAACAAAAAAAAACAUUCACCAAUGAAAAUUCAGAACAAAUCGAAAUGGUACGAGAAAAAAACCAUGGAUUGGUAGAAAGCGCAACGAUUGAAAGGAGUAUUGAUAUUUUUAUAAGUGUAUUUUAUCGUUUAAGCCUGAAAUAUAGAAUCACUUAAAUCUUUUUGAA